CUGUCACAAACACGUGUGUGCACAUUUCUUUUUAUUGUAAGCGUAGCGUGUUGCCGGAUUUGGAAUUGGAAAUAAAACAGUGAAAUAAUUGAAAUAAAUAUGGCGGACCUAUUGAAAUUAACCGACGCUAUCGUAUUAGAGUAUAUACAAUCUAAGGACAAGAACCUGGCCAAAGUGUUCCAACAAAAGACGAAGGCGGCCACAGUUGGCAAGAACACGCCAAAGCUGAGCGACAUUUUACAGUUUUACCAGACCAAGAGCACGACAAAAAUUCCAGCAAUUAAGGCGACAGACGCAGAUAGUGACAGUGAUUCGGACUCUGAUGAAGCUCCAGCGCCGACGAAGAAACCAGCAGCGACCCCAUUGACAAAUGGCAAAUCCGCUAAGACGGCCAAGGCCUCGAGCAGUGAUGAUAGUUCCUCAGAGGAAGAGCCACCAAAGAAGGCAGCAGCAGCAUCGCCAGUAAAGACCGCUCCGGCCAAGAAGGCUACUUCCUCCAGUGAGGACAGUGACGACUCUGAGGACGAUAAGAAACCGGCUGCUGUUGCCAAGACACCAGUCAAGCCGACUCCAGCCAAAAAGGCGGCAUCUAGCAGCGAAGAAAGCAGUUCCGAAGAGGAAACAGCAAAACCAGCGGCCAAGGCACCAGCAAAGUCUGCGCCUACCAAGAAAGCCGAAUCCUCCAGUGAGGAUAGCGAUUCUGAUGAGGAGCCAGCCACGAAGAAGCCUGCUCCUGCCAAGACAGCUGCGGCCAAGCCUGCUGCGUCUUCGAGUGAAGAGAGCGACUCCGAGGAGGAAAAGAAGCCCGCUGCAAAGGCUCCAGCUAAGGCAGUGCCCAAGAAAGCAGAUUCCUCCAGUGAGGACAGUUCCUCGGAGGACGAGGCACCUAAGAAGGCGGCCACAGUGAAGGCAAGCCCAGCCAAGGCUGCGCCUGCAAAGAAGGCUGCGUCAUCCAGCGAGGAGAGCGAUUCCGAUGAGGAGCCACCCACGAAGGCGGCUGCUCCGGCCAAAUCAGCUGCAAAGGCAACUCCGGCAAAGAAGGCGAAAUCCUCCAGCGAGGACAGCGAUUCCGAUGAGGAAGAGCCAGCCAAGAAACCUGUUGCCAAGGCAGCAGCCAAGCCCGCAGCUGCAUCGACUAAGAAGGCAGGUGAAUCCGAGGACUCUUCGGAUGAUAGCGAGAGCUCUGAAGACGAAAAGCCCAAGCCUAAGGCCAAGCCUGCUGCCAAGGCUCCAGCCAAGGCGGCCGAUACGAGCAGCGAAGGCUCGUCAAGUGAAGAUGAGGCUCCUGCUGCUGUCAAGCCGGCAGUGAAGAAGACUGCGGCCCCGGCCAAGAAGGACGAAUCCUCCUCGGAUGACUCUUCCGACGAUGAGGCCCCACCCGCUGCCAAGAAGCCAGCGGCCAAGAAGGCCGAAAGCAGCGACGAUGACAGCGAUGAUUCCGACGAGGCCAAGCCCAAGGCGGUGGCUAACGGUGGAGCCAAGGCUGGCCAGAAGCGCAAGUUCAGCGGUGGCGAUGAGGAGGAGGCCACGCCCAACAAGAAGUACAACAACUUUGUCAAAUCGGGAGACCAGAAGCAGAAUAGUUUCACCUCCACUCCCAACAACAACAACCACAACAACAGCAGCAGGCAGUUGAACAGCAGCGGCGGUGGUGGGAGUGGCCGACGCCGAUCUCCCUUCCGGCGUGUUCGGACCGAGGAGAUUCUGGUCGAUUCCCGAGUACAAGACAUGUCCUUUGAGGCCAAGGAUGGCGGCGGCUUCAAGAAGCAGAACGGACGCGGCGGCCGGGGAGGCUCCGGUUUUGCCGGACGUCCGGACCGCAGCACCUGGGAGAGCAACAAUCAGAACGGUGGCGAGGAAGGCGGCGAGGGCGGUGGCUUCAAGAAGAUUGGCGAUCGUCGUAGCUUUGGUGGCUUUGACAAGAAGCCAUUCGAGGGACGUGGCGGUGGACGCGGCGGCGGCGGUGGUUUUGGCGGUGGUCGUGGAGAUGGACGCGGUCGCGGUGGUGGCGGACGCGGCGGUGGUGGCUUUGGCCGUGGAGGUGGUGGCGGAUUUGGUGGUGGCCGUGGAGGUGGCGGUGGCUUCGGUGGUGGUCGUGGAGGCGACCGCGGAGGACGCGGCUUUGGAGGCCGUGGCGGCGGUGGACGCGGUGGCGGCGGUGGUUUCGGCAACAAAUCUUUCGACUCAUCAGCGCCCAAGGCUAACAAGAAAAUCACCUUCGACAAUUAGAUCUAGCUAAGUUCUCCUCCUCCCCACCCACAAGCACACACACACACACAAGGAUGCGCAGAUGAUUGCAGAUUUGUUAU